AUGGCCUCAACUUUCAGAGCCUGUUCACUCUUCUCUGCUGCUGUUGUUUCAGUAAUGUGCAUAUGCUUAACUCAUCAGUUGUUGGUGUUUUCAGUUGCAAAAGCAAUGCCUAGCAGCUUUAGUGUGGACCUGAUACACCGUGACUCCCCAAUCUCCCCGCUUUACAACCCUCUUGAAACCCGAUUUGAUCGCUUGUACAAUGCUUACAAUCGCUCUAUCUCUCGCAUUAAUCGUUUCAGGCCAAAUUCCGAAAGUAGUAAUAAUUAUACUUCCAAUGCACUCCAGUCGGAUACGGUGUCAAGCGGUGGAGAAUAUUUCAUGAAAUUUUCCAUCGGAACCCCACCAGUUUCGGUGCUUGGAAUAGCUGAUACUGGCAGCGAUCUCACCUGGGUGCAGUGUAAGCCCUGUGAACAAUGUUAUGAGCAAAAGCCUCCUCUCUUUGAUCCCAGAAAGUCCUCCACGUACAAGAACCUUCCUUGCGGGUCUAAUUCCUGCAAUGCAUUGGAUAGCUCUGAAAGAGUCUGCGAUCAGCAGAACGCUUGUAAAUACAGCUAUUCCUAUGGAGACCGCUCCUUCACCAAAGGAAACGUUGCUCUUGAAAAGUUCACCAUCGGCGUCUCUACUCGCAGUAGUCCAGUACUUUCCUUUCGAAACCUUGUGUUCGGCUGUGGACACAACAACGGUGGCACAUUCGAUGAUGUAGGUUCUGGUAUCGUUGGCCUUGGUGGAGGUCCCGUUUCUCUAGUCAAACAAUUGGAUAAAUCAAUCCGUGGGAAGUUUUCCUACUGUCUGGCUCCCACUGCAUAUGCAGAGGAGCCGUGUGCGUCAAGCAGAAUAAUAUUUGGUUCUGCAACGGAAUCGGAUGCUGCUGCUGUUUCAACUCCCUUAGUUGACAAAAACCCCUCAACGUAUUACUUCGUAACGUUAGAGGCUAUCAGUGUUGGAGACAAAAGGUUGGCCUAUGGUGGAUCAUCUGCAUCACCAACAGAGAAAUUAGGCAACAUCAUCGUCGACUCUGGGACAACAUUGACAUUCCUGGAGUCAGAGUUCUAUAACAGUCUUGAAUCCGCCUUGGAGGAAGCAAUUGAGGCCAAACGAGUGAGUGACCCCAAGGGCCUUCUCAGCCCUUGUUUUAAGGGCGCUAAGGACAUAGAUCUUCCCGUAAUAACGUUUCAUUUUAGUGGUGCGGACGUGAAGUUGCAGCCAUGGAAUACGUUCGCCCAAGUGCAGGAAGACAUGGUGUGCUUCACCAUCGUACCAUCCAAUGACAUAGCCAUUUUUGGGAACCUGUCUCAGAUGGAUUUCUUGGUCAGCUACGACCUUGAAGAGAGAACCGUCUCCUUCACGCCAACUGACUGCACAAGCCUUUCAUGUGAUAAGUUAUUAAAUUGGCAGUUGCAAUUGGUUAUAGAUUUAUAUGUGAUGUGA